AUGCGAGCGUCCAAAAAGGGGCGAGGCGUCCAAGAAGACGCAAACCGUCAACCCGCCAACUCGCCUGCCUCGUCGCCCGCCUCUAGCUUGGCCUCGCCGAGUGCAGGCGCGGGACCGGCGACGAUGCCUGAAGAUGUUGCUGGCAAGACCGCGUCUGCCUCGGGCGCCUCCAAGGGGAAGCAAAAGGCGAGUGCCGCGAGCGGGAAGCAGAGCGCGGCUUCAGCCGGGGCCCAAGGGUCGGGCAAGGGCCGGCGCGGCAGCGCGGAGGAGGAGGCGCGGGGGGGAGGCUCCGCGGGGGCGAGUCGCGACGCGGAGAGUAAACUGCAGGCAAAGGCCGGCACGAAGCGAAGCAGCAGCAUGAGUGCGCGAGAGGAUCCCGGCGGGUCGGCGUCCGCGCCGUCGUUGCCGUCGUCCGGUCGGCGGUCGGCGAGUGGCGAGGAGAAGACGCAGAAGGGCGCGGCGACAAAGAAGAGCCCCGUGAAAGCGGACAAGGGGAAGGCCGAGAAGAAAGAAGGUCGGGGACAGAUCCCGGCAGGCGGCCAGAAAGCCUCAGGGGUGAAGGACGGCGGAGACACCAGUGCCGCAGGGAAGGGCGAGAAAGGCGGUCCGCAAGACGAGAAGGGGGCGGAUGCCUCGAGCCGGAAGAAAGGGCCGACCGACGCGAACCGCAAACGGGGGAGCUCGGCCGAAGUCGCCGCCGUCAAGGGUGAAGAAGACGCACUUCGGACCACGUCAGAGGACGAAAGCUCGAAGAAAGCUUGCCUGGGGAGAACGCGUGUCGCCGCGUGUGCCAACGAGCGGACGGCCUCCAGGCGAGCCGGCAGGGACGAACACUCGGAGGCAGGCUCGCGACCCGCGAGUGGCAGCGCUGCUUCGUGGGGCGGCUCUGCGCGCGUCACGCCGGUCGGAGCGGACGACGAACGCGAAGAAACAGAAACGUGUCCCCUCUGUCUCGAAGAUAUGGACGAAACAGACCGUGGACUGUUUCCCUGCGAAUGCGGCUAUCAGCUGUGUCUCUGGUGUCUCCAUCACAUUCGGGAGAGACUGGGCAACAAGUGCCCCGCGUGUCGCCGCGAGUACGACGAGAAGAAGUUCAAGUUCAACGAGGAGCGCGUCAACGAAGGAAAAAGGUUGGCGGGGCGUCAACGGGGCGCUCGCGAGAAACAGCCGCAACAGUCGCAGAGCGCGCCUCUUUUGCCUUCGUUCUCGUCUUCUCUACCGUCUCACGCUUCCCACGUCUCGGCGACGCAGGCAGGACGAUCAGGCGCCGCAGGAGCGACGAGUGCCUCCGCUGCCUGGGCUGCUAAUCAGGUCCCCGCCGCUCUGCCUGCGGCCUCCACGAGUCACUGCCAGGCUUCACACGCCUCGCCUGCAGGCGCGGGCGUCUCGGCCAAGGCGGCCGCCGGCGCAGAUCGUCCCAGCGGCGUCGGGAGUCCGUCCAGUGCGGCGGCGCUCAAAGACGUGCGGGUGAUCCAGCGCAGCCUCGUCUACGUUAUCGGCAUCCCUUCGAGCAUUGCGAAGAAAGAAAUUUUGAAACGCACCGAGUUCUUCGGCCAGUACGGAAAAGUUCUUCACAUCGUCAUCAACAAGGCGCAAGGCUACAACAGUGCCUGGGGGGGGCCGUCCUAUGCCGUCUACGUUACCUACUCGACAGUCCCCGAAGCGAUCGCGGCGAUUCAGUCCAUUGACGGAGCCGUCUACGAAGGCCGAACUCUCAAGGCCUCGUUCGGAACAACCAAGUACUGUUCGUACUUCCUCAAGGGCAUAAAGUGCCAAAACCCUGACUGCUUCUAUCUGCACUACCUGGGCAGCGACAAAGACAGUUUCACGAAAGAAGCGAUGAUCAGUGCAAAGCACCAGUUUCUGGACCUGACGCUGCCUACGGACGAAGCGAAGAAGGGAUCCGCAAGCGGGUCUGGACCUGGCGCUCUCGCGUCGCGUUCCGCCUCGCCUCCGGCCUUCGGCUUCCCGGCUGUCUCCGCAGCGGACGCGUCUCUCGGCGACAAGGGCGCGGUCAAGACUUUCGGCUUCCUCUCUCCGGGCUCCGUAUCGGACGAGAGGAAACAAGCGUUUGGAGAAAAGGGCGGAGCGAACAAGGAAAGCCCGCGAACGGGCGAGGCUCUUCUUUCAGCUGAAGGUUCUGGCGACGUGCUGCCCGAGCACGGCACGCCAUCGUCUUCUUCGUGUAAACGGCGCCGCAGUGCGCGCGGCGAGAAGGCCGGAAACGCGCGGUCGAGCUCUGUCUCCGGUUCAGGGCCGGAGACCGACUCGGCGGCCGUCGAGGCCUUGGGCCUCGGCUCCGUGAAGGGCCGUCCGCAGCAUGGCGGAGCGGUUGCGGAUCCAAAGACGCGCAGAGAGGCGCCUGCGGCGUCGUCGCGCGUCGGGGAAAAAGGCGGAACGAGUUGGGCGUCUGUGGCCGCUGGCGGAUUGAAGGCGUCUUUGGGGACAGCGUCGAAGGGCGUGGUCUCUGCACCCCAUGUGGGGCCCGCUCCGGUCGCCAAGGCCCGCGCCACUGCGCCGCUUCCCGCGUCUGGGGAACCGCGCCCCGACGAAGACGAGAAGAAGAAGGGUGAGAAAGGCGAGGGCUUCUCGAAGCGGCAGGCGACCGCCGGGAGCAAGAAGGAGGACGAGAAGGCACUGGAGAAGGUGGACGUCGAGAGUCGCCGGGCGCCUGCGUCUGGAGAGAAGAAGAAGGGAGAUAAGGGAGACUCCGGAGCGCCGGACGAGAAGGGGAAAGAGGGCGAAGGCGGAGACGGCGAGAAGGGACACGACGCGAAGAAGCGAGGGGAGGAGGGCACGGAAGGCCUGCUGUCUCCGCCGAAGCACGCGACGCGCGGCGCGCCCUCCGAUGCGAGAGACGAGAAGUCAGCGCGAUCUCGAGAUCGAGGGCGAAGGCGAUCUACGCAGUCCGUCUCCUCGUCCGAGGGCGGCACGGGACUCGAAGGAGAAAAGGAAGCCCCGAGCGAGGCGGAGGCCCCCAUCGCGUCUUCGGUUGCCUCUGCGGCCGGAUCCAGUCGAGAGGGCCGGCGAUUGUCGACUGAGACGCCCGGGAGCGGGUCGGCACCCGAAAAGCCCCAAUGGAGCGAGGCCUCUCUCGCGGCGUCUUUCCAGGAGACAGACGCACCGGGCUCUGCCGGCGCCGGGACUGGCGACUCGGGGCCGCUGCUGCGGAGCGGCGAGAUACCCAAGCGCGACGGAGGGCGAGGGAAGCGAGACACCGGAGGGCCGUUGGGGCCUUCCCACGGGGCUCCGGUCUUUCCGUCCUCCUCUCACUUCCCCGCGUUGUCGGUCGCCUCUUCCUACGCUGCGGCGCGUCCGCCUGCCUCGUCAGGCAUCCCGACCCCGCCGCCGCUGCAUGCUCCGACUGCGCUCCCACUACCCCCGUACCACCACGGGUCAGUCUCUGAAAUCUUCGCCUCGCGCCCUGGGACCGUCCCGCUGCCGCCUCGCGCGGGAGGUCCGAGUCGCGGCCCUGCCUCUGGGGCCCACCUGUCCGGCUCUGUGGCCAGCAGCGCGUGCGCCAGCCCCGCUACCUUCCACAGCUGCUACCCUUCUUCGCCGUACCAGGUGUUCAGUUACGGCGGACCGUUGCCGCCGAGUGCCGCUCUUCCUUCGUCGUUCUCGCUUGUCGCGUCGGGCGGAGCCCCCGGCCUCCACGACAGAGACAGGGCAGGCCUGCCUGGGCCCGCAGCGGCAGGCGCCGCCUCGGGGACCUCCUCGUUCUCUUCCUUCUCGCCAGGGAUUGUCGGCGCUCGCCCGCUCGCGCACAUGUCUUCGUUUGCUUCUGCCCUCGCAGCUCAGCAGCCGCCGCUGCUCCCAUUGCCGCCGUCGGCGUAUCCGCAGGCUGCCGGCCGGGACGUCGGCGCGGCUUCCUGGUCUCCCGGCCUCUUCUUCUCGCUCGCGCACAGAGGCGCAAGCCCUGAAACCGACGCGCCCGGCGCCUGCGCCAAUGCUAGUAGUGGGGCGACGGCCAGUGCCUCGAGCAGUGCCUCGGCGCAUGCGAACUCGGGGUCAUCUCCCGUCGCAGGUAGCGCGUCUUCCUCGGAGACCAGUCGCGCGCAGAACGCAGGGGGGACGACUCCUGGAGAAGGGGCCCGGGGCCCAGCUGUCUCCGGAGACGGGGCGUCGGCGCCGGUGGAGUCCGGCGGCGCGGGGGACAGUGGAUGCGCAGACAAGCGCGACGAGGCAGGCCGCGGAAAAGGCGACCGUGUGGAAGUCGAGGCGAGAACGGGCUCUCCGUCGUUUCCGUACGCGGCCUUUCCGCCGCUCUCUUUCACGGCGACUCGCUCCAGCGCGGGGGGACCGGCAGCGGGCUCCGAGGCGGGGACGAAGGGGCCAGGAGACUCGGCUGCCGUCGCUGGCCGUUCGGCCCAUGUUGGCGGCGCCGCGGCGCCAAGUGAGGAAGGCAAGCGAGAGACCGAGCCGGCGCCGGGAGGAGACGCGGAAGCGACUGGGACGCGGGACGGCGAGCGACGGGAAGGCGAGAAGGCGGAAGAGGCGCGAGGGCGAGAGAAGGAAGACGAAGAAUUCUUCGACGUCCCCGGCCUCGAUGACAUUCUCGGACAAAUGGUGCCGGGCAUGCCUCCAGGAGACAGUCUCUUAGGCGGGGGCGACGCGGACGGGACUGCACCACGGUCCGACGCGUCUUUCUUCCGACCCUUCGCAUCUUUCCACUCUCCCGUCGCCACGUUGGAACCGUCGCGCGUUCGACCGCAGGACGAGCCUGGCGCGAGCAGCCGGAAACGCGAAGACCGCGACGGGGCUCCGCCCUUUGGCGGGGGCCGUGCCCAGUCGCUGCUUCCUUCCUCGCUCUCGACGCUUCUUCCGGAGCCCCGCGAAGACGAGAGAAGAAACGGGGGGUUCUCCGAUGCGUUCUUCUCGGCCUUUCCCACGUCCCUAUUCGCCUCGAAAGACGUGCUGCCAGUCGCGGGGUUUUCGGAUGCUGCGGACGCGAAUCCGCCUCACAGACCGCUCGGCCGGCUCGGCCGCGAAGACCCAGCUAGCGCAGAUGCCGCGCGCUUCGACGCGUUUCACCCGGCACUAGGGUACGGACGAGAUCGACGAGACGGCAGAGGAGAGAGCGACAGGGAUGGCCUCGCGUCCUCGUCUCCCUUCUUCGCCAGUCUCCUCGCGAAGAAAGCGAGCGGCGCGUACGACGAGCAGGGCGCGGACCCAACGGGCUUCCCGCCGUCGCUGCGGGAGUCUGCGUUCGCGGGGCGCUUCGCGUCGCGAGACGCCCUCAAAACUGCAGAGUUCGCGGCGCAUGCAAGAGGGAACCGUCAGGGCGAAGCGCGCGCGUCUCAGGCAUUCGUGGAGACACAGGAAGACCGGAGUCUGCUGCCGGGCGAAGCCUCCGGGGCAGCGUCGCUCUUCCACCGCGACGACGCAGGCAAACACCGAGGCCGAAACAGCGAGAGAGAAGGUACAGGCGCGUCCCAGGCCGGCCAGGAAGACGGCCGGGCGUUCUUCUUUGCCUUUCCAAGUGCAGGCGGCAGAAAGGAGAAGGACAGGGAGGCUCUCGCUGGUGCGUCCGGAGAAGAACUGGGCGCGCGCGCAGCCGAUCCGAGUCUUCGGCCCUACUCGUCUUCUCUUUCGGGCUCGUCCUCAGCGUCUCACGUUCAAGAGUUCAGCGGGAGGCACGACGGCUCUGUCUUCCGGCCCUUCAAUGCGCCCUCGCUGGCUGCGCCUCGACUUGGAGCCGCCUCGGUCGCGUCUUCGAGCAGACCUGAGGAGGCGUUCGGCGCUUCGUCCGGGGCUCCGCGCGGGGAGGCUUCGACGUCGUCGCUCUCGUUUCUCUCGCGCUUCUCGCAGCAGCGCCACAAGUACCCCUACGUGCCGACGUCUCUGCCGUUUGCGCGCGGGGGCUACGCGGCCGACGGGGACUCUGAGAUGACCUUUGGGCCCGGAGUCGGCGUGUCUCCUCUCGCGGACCACACGGCGCCUUUCCUGCCGCUCCACUCUUCUGGGGCGUCUCUCAACCGAGAAAGAGAGGCGAAAGAAGGCGAACGCCGGGAGGACGCGAGCGUCUUUGCGGCUCUGACUGGAACGGACCUCAAACACCGGCGCGCGAGCGAAGUGCACACCGAAGAGAGAGAGCCGGAGGCUCGAGGCUCGAGGCCAGGGCAGGGCGCAGGUGGCCCUGGAGGCUACAGCGGGCACCAACUACUGCUUCACCUCCAGCAGCAACAUGCGAAGAUUCUCCAGGCGAAGCGGUCGGCUGCGGGCCUGGCCGGCCAGGAGACUCUCGAGGGCGCUUCCGGGGCGUCUCGACCGAGCGAGAGGCGAAAGGAAGACGACGCCGCGCGAGCGCGGGUCUUAGCGCAGAAGAUGCAGACGCCCUCCUCGUUCUUCCCCAAGCUGAGUGAAAAGUGGGCGGGCCGAGGCGAGGAGAACGCGCGCCUGCGGUCUUCGUCCUCAGCCGUGGACUUUGAAAAACGCGAGGGAACCCUCCCGCUGGUCGCAGAGCUGCCUGCGCAACGAGCGCUCGCGAGUGCGGCGGCGGUCAGGGAAGCGAGUGCCUGUGCGCCUGUACAGUGUACGUCGUACCCGGGUGAGGCGUCGGAAGCAAACAGCCACGCGACGCCUGGAGCCGCAGGAGCCGCAGGGGCGUCGAAUCCGAGCAGUGCACGGCUGAACAACAACGCGCUCGCCGUUCUUCUGUCCCUCCUGCCGAACGCAAAUGUGAGCAUCGUCGGGCCCGACGGCUCGGCGUCUUCGACAUUCUGCGCACGGAGUCGAAACAACUCGGUCACCUCCUCGACGUCACUCGCCUCGGCCUCAGUGCUCUCCACGGCUCGACAGAGGGCCUCGUUCGCCUCGCUCGCCAUGCAGGAGCCGCGCGAAGGCCUCGAAGGAGAGAAACCGGCGCCUGCAUGCGCGCGGAGUCUCGCGUCUGCCUCAGCAGGCGCUGCGCUGCCGGGAGUUCUCGGCGCCGACCCUGCAGCCUUGGGGAGACGAGUGAGUGAAGGCGAGGGCACUGAGAGGACGGAGAAGGAGAAGUCUUCGAAGGAAGAAGUCCGAACUGAGACCGCCAGCGACGGCGCGUCUGCCGCCUUCCCGCUGUCUCCCUCUGCCUUUCCGCCGCUCUCCAGCAGCCACACGACCGGGAAAAGAUCAAGUGCCGCGAGUGCAGUUAGUGCCCCGAGUGGAGGAAGCGCGACAGCAAGGUCUGUCGAUUCCUCAGCCUCAGGUGCGUUGCGCAGCUCUGCCGACUCGGUCCUGCGCCGACCUGCGUCGGGAGGAUCCACUUAUUCUUCGCUGAGUGCGGCGAAGCGUCCGGGACUGUUGCCGUCGGGGCGGGCUCCCCAGGUGGGUUCUGCGGGCGAGAAGCCGUCGGUGUUUUCUGCGUUUUCGUCCUUCUCGUCGUCCUCGUUCUUGUCCCCCUUUUCUUCGUCGACCUUUUCGCCCUUCAGUUCCACGCCUGGGCCCCACACCUUCGGCGCAGUCCGGGAGGAGACAGGCGGUCUCAAAGGGGAAAAGAAAGACAGGGCGCGCGAGAAGGCCGCUCGAGGUUCGGGCGACGGAGCGCCGGGGAGCGCGGAGACCCUGGCUGCGCGCAGAGGGACGGACGAAGAGAAAGGAGACAGAGGGGACAACGCCCUCGCCGCCGCAGGCAGACGGUCGUCGGGUGUCGCGCCCGCGACGGAGCGCGUGGACACGGAGAAGACCCUAGACAAGAGCCGCGGUGAGGAGAGAGAAGAGGGUGAGAGAGGAGACAAGGAGCGCGAAGGCACAUCCGACCGGGAAGGGAAGAAGCCCGCGGGGAAGGAGAACGAAGACGAGAAACGGCGGGAGAACAGCCCCGGAACGGGUCGGAAGAAGAAAGACAAGGAAGACAGGCGCUACUCUGACGGAAGCAAAAACGGGGCUCUCGCGCCGCAGGCCAACCGCCCGGGCGCAAAGGAGGGUCGGCAACGGACCAGGCAUCGGUAA